GCUGGCCGCUCUGCACUUUCUGGGGUCAGAUCGACGGCAGAAUCGCGUUGCCUUGUUGUGUCGCUGGUCGUUGGUCGUCGGUCGUCGGUCGUUGGCAACGUCUCCGUCUUGGAUUAAGUGUUUGCCGGAAGGGUGCUGCAAGGGAGGGCGCAGGCAGCAACUGGACAAAUUGCAAAAGCGAAUGACAAAGAAAAGGAAAAGAAAACAGACAAAUAACGGAACGGCACUUUAAGGAUAAAAACUUACAAAAAAAAAAAAACCAAAAAAAAACAAUUUACGAACUCGUUAGAAACUAACGCGUGCGCUGCAAUGGAGGAGCGUGCGUUGAGGCGUCUGUAGGGGCGGGGCGCCAGUGCCGUUAGUCGAGAGUCGAGAGUCAGAGUCAGAGCCAGUUGCAUGCGCCGGGAGCAUGUGCAGCAGCAGCUGCAGCUGCAACGUUUCACUGCUUGCCUAGCCCAGCGCAGCCCGUCGCCGAAGCCGGAAAAUGAGCGCAUGCGAGAUGGCCAAGGAUACGAAGGAGUCGGCGGCAGCGACUGUUCCAGCGGCCGCCACCAAGCAGGAGGAGCCAGCGGCGCCGCCGCCGCCGCCGCCCGAUCCACCCAAGGCCAAUGGACACGAGCAUGAGCCAGAGCUGGAACAGAAGCCGUCUAAGCCAGGCACCCAAGCGAAUGGUAAGGAGCAGGAGACAUGUGAUUCGGAGCUGAAUGCCGACGCGGAUGUGGAUGCGGUGGCAACACCCUCCUCCAUGGAUGUGCUGGCCAGCUGCAAGGAUGUGCUCUUAGCACAGAAGCUCUUUGCCAGCGGCGGCAGCGGCCCCAAGGAGCUGCUCAAGCUAAAGGAGCCAAUGCGUGUGGGCUUCUACGACAUAGAGCGCACCAUUGGCAAGGGUAACUUUGCUGUGGUGAAGCUGGCCCGGCAUCGCAUCACCAAAAACGAGGUUGCCAUCAAGAUCAUUGACAAAUCGCAGCUGGAUCAUACGAAUCUGCAGAAGGUCUAUCGCGAGGUGGAAAUCAUGAAGAAGCUCAAGCAUCCGCAUAUCAUCAAAUUGUACCAGGUGAUGGAAACGAAAAACAUGAUUUACAUUGUCUCCGAGUACGCCAGCCAGGGCGAGAUCUUUGAUUAUAUAGCCAAGUAUGGACGCAUGUCCGAGUCGGCGGCACGCUUCAAGUUCUGGCAGAUCAUCUCCGCCGUGGAGUAUUGCCACAAGAAGGGCAUCGUGCACCGGGACCUCAAGGCAGAGAAUCUGCUGCUCGACUUUAGCAUGAACAUUAAAAUAGCGGACUUUGGCUUCUCCAAUCACUUCAAGCCCGGCGAGCUGCUCGCCACCUGGUGCGGAUCACCGCCCUAUGCCGCGCCAGAAGUAUUCGAGGGCAAGCAAUAUACCGGACCCGAAAUCGAUAUUUGGUCCCUGGGCGUGGUGCUCUAUGUGCUGGUGUGUGGGGCGCUGCCCUUUGAUGGAUCCACGCUGCAGAGCCUGCGGGAUCGCGUGCUAUCGGGCCGCUUUCGCAUACCCUUCUUCAUGAGCUCGGAGUGCGAGCAUCUGAUACGUCGCAUGCUGGUCCUGGAGCCGACGCGUCGCUAUACCAUUGAGCAGAUCAAGCGGCAUCGCUGGAUGUGUCCCGAGAUGCUGGAGCAUGCGCUGAUUGCCAAAUACAAUUUGAAUAUGGAGCGGCAGGCGGUGCUGGAGCCGAGCGAGGACAUACUCCGGAUCAUGUCCGAGUACGUCGGCAUCGGGCCGGACAAGACGCGCGCCAGCCUCAAGAAGAAUACCUACGAUCAUGUGGCAGCCAUCUAUCUGCUGUUGCAGGACCGCGUCUCACACAAGAAGGAGCAGGCGAAGCCCAACGAAUCAAGCAGCCGCCUGCUCUACAAGAGCAAGCAGUCACUGAUGCUCGAUCAGUUGCCCACGCAGCAGCAGCAGCAGCAACAGUUGCUGCAACUGCAUCAGCAACAGCAGCAGCAGCAGCAGCAGCAACAACAGCAGCAGCAGCAGCAACAGCUGCAACAGCAGCAGCAAAGAAAGACAAUAUCCACCGCGAUCCUGGCCAAGGAUCCGACACACAAAAGACUUAGUCGCCAUCAGACUGUCCUGAUGAGCGAGCGACCCACUGCCGAUCCCUACUAUGCGGUCAAGCAGCAGGCCCACAUCCUCGCCCAUGCGAACGCCCACGCCCACGUCCAUGGCCACGCCCACGCCCACGCCCGUUACCUGAACGGCGAUGAGGGCGCGGGCCUGGUCAUGCCCACUAGAUAUACCCCGUUGCCUGCACCGGGCAGCGCUCGCAUCAGCCAUCAAAGCCUCAGCUCGGCUCGCAGCACGGCCGGAAGCCAGCGACCGGUCGGCAUCUCGCUGAGCAUCGACAAUAACAGCAGCGGACACCCGCUGCCAUCGCUAGCUAAUCUGAGGUGUCGCGAGCUGCUGCUCAAUGCCAGCCAACAGCUGGAGCAGGGGCAUCCUCUGGGUCAUUUGCCAUCGCCAUCGCCGGCGCCCAAGCAGCUGCACCAGACCAUUAGCGAGUACAUCAUCAAGCAGAGCACCGAGGACUGUCGUCAGCUGCUGCAGCAGUCCACGGCUGUUGCCGAAACGAAGAAGGAGGAGGAGGAGCAGCAGCAGCAACAGCAACAGCAACUGCCAACAUCGGCGAUGGAACAUUCGAGCGCUGCCACGCCCACUGCCGAGCAUAAUAAGACAAUAAAAGUCAUGUCAAGUUCGAAUAGCUUCGAUUCCACCGCCAAUCUCAACCAGAGCUUUCGCUACAAAAUGUCCGCCGAGGCUAACCGACUUUUCCAGACCCUCCAGGAGAGUCCACUGCCAAUUGAGAAACCCAAGCGCAAGGCUGCAAAUACAAUUAGCAAUGGGAAUGGCAGCGAGGCGGUCCGAGCUGCGGAGGAAAGCGAAGGAAACGAGCCCAAGCCCAAUGGAGACGGCCGUGAGAAAAAGACUUUUGAGAAGAAGGUGCUUGCCCAGGGCAGCUCCAGCACGGACGAGGGCUGCGACACGGAUCAGGGCAACGAGCUGGCCGCUAAGGAGGGCUCCCAGUCGUCCACGGAUCUGACCAGCGUCCAGGCGAACACGCGCACCCGCUCCUAUGCCAGCAGCAGUAGCUCCAGCGGCGUCUUGGCCGGCAGCUACUCGAAGAGUCUCAGCCAGAACCUGAGUCGCGGCUCCUCGAAGAGCAACUGCAGCGCCUACGAGAGUCUGGACUUCGUGUUGCCCUCCGUGCCGGACAUAGCCGGCAGUCUGCCCUCCUGCAUGAGCAACUCAAUGCUGGCCGCUGCCGCAGCCGCUGCGGCCGCUGUCUCCAGUGAGCACUCGUCGGAGCGCUCACUGUACAGCAGCCACAACUCGUGCAUCCAUAUGCCCAGCGCGGUCAAUUUGCUGGUAACGCCAACGCCAACGCCAACGCCAACGCCACCGCCGCAGCCGGCGCCGCCGCCCUUUGCGGACAAGCGUUCGCCCAUCCAUUUCCGUGAGGGCCGCCGCGCCAGCGACGGCCUGGUGGCCCAAGGCCUACUCAGCUCCAGCUCACUGCUGGGCGCCAGUCGCGUCUAUGGCAGCUAUCGUUACGAGCAGGCCAAGCGCCACGGCUGGCUAGAGAUACAGCAGCUGCAGCAGGAGGCGGCUGUCUAUGCGCCCAGCCACGCCCAUCUGCAUGCCCAUGGCCACGGCCACGGCCAUGGUCAUGGCCACCUGGGUCUGGAGGAGCUGAGUCUGGCUAAUUGUCAAUUGUCACAUGGUCAAUUCUAUGCGAUGCCCAUCAAGCCGCACCACACGCUGCACCACCUGCAGCCGCAGCAUCACCAGCAGCUGUCCUAUGCGCCGCUGCCUCUGGCGCCGCCGCCGCCGCCGCUGCACCUGGAUGCCAGCAGCGAGCUGUUCGCCUCGCAUGGACACGGCUGCUAUCAGCCGCCGCCGCCACCGGCGCCGGGCGUCUACCCACAUCCGCAUCAGCAUCAACAUCAGCAUCUGGCCAUGUCGCCAAUGCAGAAGCCGCCGCUGCAACAGCAGCUGCUGCAGCAUCGCCUGCUCCAGCAGAAACGUCAGCUCUUUCAAAAGCAAUACGCUCUGGAGGCGCAGCUGGCUGGACGCCAUCAGCAUCAGCAUCAGCAUCAUCAUCACCAUCAUAACCAUGGCCAUGUCCACUACAAUCAUAGUCUGGUGCAUGCAGCACCGCCGCCGCCGCCGCCGCCAGCGCCCGCCCCCGAGCACCAUCUGGCCGAGGACCUGUACGAGCUGGCCAUGCUGGAUCGGCCGCGCAGCGGACCGCCGCGUCUGCAGCACUCGCUGACCAUGCCGGGCGCACACGCCUUUAGCCAAAUGAAUCUGAAGACCUCCUACAUUAGCCAGUCGGAGUCUGUGCCCACAGCUGGGCCCGUGGCGUCCAGCUCGGCGCCGCCGCCGUCCACGACGCCGCCAGCAACACCGCCCCAGGCGCUGCUCAACAGCCACGUGGUGCACGGACACGAGUCCGACUAUCAUGUGCGGGCGCCAACAGCCGCAUCGGCGCCGCCGGUGCUCAGCCUGUUCACGCCCAGCUGGCAGACAUUGGUCAAGCCGCUCAGCGAGAGUCCCAUACUGGAGAUAUCCGAGCAUCUGGAGUCGGUCUGAGCCGAAGGGCCAAACCUUUCGCAAUCGCAAUCGCAAACGCAAUUACAAAAACUUCAAAUCUAAAUAUAAUAAUAAUAAUUUUAUUCAUAUACAUGCAUACAAUACUAUAUAUAGUAUAUAUAUAUACAGCAUAUAUAUAUAAUAUACGAUACUAUUAUACGAUAAAUGUUAUAUACACCCACACAUUUAUAGGCUUAUACAUUACAGUGAGAAAGAGAGAGAGAGAGAGAGAGAGAGGGAGAGUGAGUGAUCGACAGAGUAAAAAGUCAAAGGUUCGAUCCGUGAGUUCCAUUUGGCAGUUGAAAUUUCGAAACGAUUUAUCGUUAGCGUUAUCGUUCGGCGAUAAGUAUUACCAGAAUAUUGGAUCAUUUAGUUGUGUUACUAGCCUUAAGUAGUCCACGUUUCGUACACACACACUCUGGCAUAUACAAUAUGUAUAUUGAUAAUAAUUAUGUAUUAAGCUACACCACAUAUUCUGGUAUUAUCUGGAACUUUAUUCGAAAUUCUCAAAAACCGAUGUAAACCGGAAGAAAACAACGCAAAACUACAUAUAUCAAUUAUUCGAAGCAUUUAUUGAUGACAUAGGAUAUACAUAAUAGAAAUAUAUA